AUGACAUAUUCCCACCCAAUGUCUGGGUUUUACUCUUUCAUCUCUCGAGCUGUGGCCGAUCCAGGCGAAAUUCCAGAUGGACAGUGCGAAGAGACAGGUUCAAAACGGAGUGCUAAAGCAGAAGACGUGGUGUUUCGAAUAGUGGUGCCUUCUAGGCAGAUCGGAAAGGCCAUUGGAAAACAAGGACAUAGAAUCCAUAAGAUUCGAGAAGAAACCAUGGCCACUUUUAAAAUUGCUGAUGCUAUUGCCCGACAUGAAGAGCGAGUGAUUAUUAUAAGUUCUAAUGACAGUGACGACUUGGUCUCUGAUGCUGAAAAUGCGCUCCAACCAAUUGCCACAUUGAUUCUAACGGAUGAUGAUAGCAAUGUAGUAACUUCAAAAGUAACUGCAGGGCAUAUGGCUGCUAACGCUACAAGAGUUUUGGUUGCUGGAUCACAAGCAGGUUGUCUAAUGCGGAUGUCCGGUCAAAAUACUGUUAAAUUGAGGAAUUCUUCCAGUGCCACAGUUGUGAUUCUUGCUCCAAAUCAAUUACCUUUAUUUGCACCUGCUCAUGAAUCUCAUUGA